AUACACAACCGUUAACACGAGUGUAAAGCAAAACAACUUCCCAGCCAAAAAAAUAUUUCUUUCCAAUUCCGCCCUGUUUUCUAAUCAUGAUGAAGAGAGGUAGAGAAGGAGAUCUAGACACCUUAACAACCAUGGCCAACUACUUAGUGCUCCUGUCCCGCGGCGGCAGCGGCGCGGGCUUCCAGUGCGCCUCCACGGGACGGCCGGACCGGGUCUUCGAGUGCAAGACGUGUAACCGGCAGUUCUCGUCGUUCCAAGCGCUCGGCGGGCACCGCGCCAGCCACAAGCGGUCGAGGGUGGUGAUGGGAGGGGAGCCGAACCACCACAUCGAGACGACGUCGUCGCCGGAGAAGCCUAAAGUCCACGAGUGCCCCAUCUGCGGGGUGGAGUUCGCGCUAGGACAGGCUCUGGGUGGCCACAUGAGGCGGCACAGGGCGGCCGUCGACGAGAAAGAACCGCCGGAGCUGAGCCUGUCGCUGCCGCGGGUGACGGUGGUGAAGAAGUCGAGUAGUAUUAAUAGGACGGUGUUGUGCUUGGACUUGAACUUGAGUCCGGGAGAAAAUGGGCUGGAGUUUCAGAUGGAGAAGGUGGCUCCUCCUAUGCUUCAUUGUUAUCUGUGAUGGGGAAUUAUCGAGGAAAAUUAUGGCACCACCACGUGAUGUCCCGGGCACUGAAUAGUUACUCACUAUGAAGAGGUUAGUGUCGAGUUAUCGAGGAUCGACAUUCUUGUUUAUUUAAUAGAGGGAAAAUGAUGGUUAAUGACGUGUUUUGAUAAUUAAUACUCUUUUAAGGACAUUUUCAGCAUAAAAAAAUAUUUUUAACAUGUCUUUGGUGGGUAUUAAUUAUUAAAACAUGUCCUGCGCCGUCAUUUUCCCUUUAAUUUUUUGCAUGGACAUAUCAAAAUCAGGUUUUUUUUGGAUGUUUCAUUUAGGUUAAUAUUGGGAUUUAUUUAUUUGUAAUAUUUUGUAUAUUUGUCAAGGAGUAAUGUGGAGGAGUACUAAUUUUUUUUCUUCCCGGAUUAAUGGUCGAGCUCUGCACGAAAUAAUUCCCAGUAUAUAUGAGAUCGAAGAAAUAUCGAAUUUUAAGCCAUUAGAGCGAUCUUGAGGCCUC